AUGUCUUCGAGCGAUACUAAAGCCCUUGAACUGUUGUUCCAACGUCCUUUGGAACCAGUUUUUACGUCACGUGACAAUGGCAAGACCGCAUUUGAUUUGCCCGACAGUUACUAUACCGAUCGUUACAGUAGUUCCAAUGUAGAGCUCCAAACCCGUUACGGUGAUAAUGUCGAAAUUAAGAUUCCAUUGCGCGACUUGGCUAGGAAACCCAACUUGGAUUUUACCAAAGUUAUUGGAAGGAAACAACAAUUCUCCCUUUUCCAAGACCAACAUAAGAGGGUAGCCAGUCAACUGAUUACCAUGUUUAUGGAUAGUCCUGAUCUACAAAGCUUUGUUGCUCUCUGUGCCUAUACCAAGGAUCGUGUCAAUCCAAUGCUAUUCCAGUAUUGUUAUUCCGUUGCAAUUCAACAUCGUCGUGAUACUCGCAAUAUUCGUGUUCCACCAAUUGCAGAGACAUUCCCGUCGAACUUUGUGGAACCCUCACUGUUGCAGGAAGCACGUCAAGAAGCAUCACUUGUACCGGAUCCCAGCAAACGUUCUCUCAUUGAAAUUCCAAGGAACUAUACCGCCACCGAUGCAGAAGAUGAGCAACGUUUAGCCUAUUUCCGUGAGGAUAUCGGCGUGAACAUGCAUCAUUGGCACUGGCAUUUGGUAUACCCCGGAAGCGGACCACGCGAAAUUGUUGCAAAGGAUCGCCGCGGUGAACUGUUCUAUUAUAUGCAUCAUCAGAUUAUUGCUCGCUACAAUGUCGAACGUUUCUGCAACCAUCUAAAACGUGUCGAAGUUAUCAACAACUUCCGGGCACCCAUUGCUGAUGGUUAUUUCCCAAAACUGUUGAGCAGCGUUAACAAUCGCACAUAUCCCGGUCGUGUAGCAAACGCAGUUCUACGCGACAUGAAACGGCCAAAUAAUGUUGUCGAUGUUGCUGACCUUGAAAGAUGGCGUGAUCGCAUUAUGGCCGCCAUUGACCAAGGAUAUGUUCAAGACACUGCUGGAAAACGUUAUCCUUUGGAUGAGGUGAAGGGCAUUGAUCUUCUCGGUGAUAUUGUUGAGGCUUCUAGCCUCUCGAUUAAUAGCCAGUACUAUGGCAGUCUUCAUAACACGGUCCAUGAUAUGAUUGCCUUUGCUCAUGAUCCCGAUGGUCGUCACUUGGAAGACUAUGGUGUAAUGGGCGAUGUUACAACGGCAAUGCGUGAUCCAGUGUUCUACAAAUGGCAUGGCUUCUUGGAUGUCAUGUUCAAUAGGCAUAAGUCUCUUUUGCCACCCUACGACCAAAGUCAUUUGAGUUAUAGUGGCAUUACUAUUAACAACGUUGAGGCUAGAAUCAAUUCUCGUACGGCCGCACCAAAUGUGCUCUUGACUUAUUGGCAAAAAUCCAAUGUAGAUUUGGCUGCUGGUUUAGAUUUUGGACCCAAUGGUAGUGUGUUCGCCACAUUCACCCAUUUGCAACACGCCCCCUUCGAAUACAUUGUCAAUGUGACGAAUUCCAACGGCACACCCAAGAAGGGUACAUGUCGCAUUUUCCUCUGCCCUAAAACCGAUGAACGUGGAACACAACUUACUCUGGAGGAUCAACGUGCUUUGGCCAUUGAAAUGGAUAAAUUCACUGUAAAUUUGACCCCGGGAAAAAAUACAAUCCGCCGUCGUUCUGAUGAAUCAUCUGUUACAAUUCCAUUCGAGAGGUCCCUGCGUCGUGUUGGACCCAGCGCUCAACCAACCGAAGCCAAUGCUUUGGCUGCGUUCCAAUUCUGUGGCUGUGGAUGGCCCGAUCAUCUUCUAUUGCCCAAGGGCAGGCCUGAGGGUAUGACAUUCGAUUUGUUUGUGAUGAUAUCGGAUUAUGCCAACGAUGCUGUGAAACAAACCAAUAACGGUCCCGAUGUCUGUGGAGAUGCCUACUCGUUCUGUGGUUUGAAGGAUAAAUUGUAUCCCGAUAGACGUACCAUGGGCUUCCCAUUCGAUAGACGUUUGCCUGGCAACACUUUGACAGCGUUGACAUCAUCGUUCACCAAUUUGAUGAAAACUGAUGUGAAAAUUAUUUUCAAUGACCAGGUUGUUGAUAGGACUUAAUUUGUUUGUUGU